GUCUUCAAUGGCACCUCAGAACAAGUAUACAUCAGACUAUUCUCAGCUACGAUGUUUGGUUUGUAGCGAUAAAGCCAGUGGUCUCCACUAUGGUGUGGUGUCAUGUGAAAGCUGUAAGAGUUUUUUUGGCAGAAAAAUUAAAAGUAAAGCAAAGUUUACAUGUGAGGAAGGAGGAAAUUGUGUGAUGGAUCUAUACACAAGAAGGCACUGUCCUGCAUGUAGACUACAAAAAUGUCUGACAGUGGGCAUGAAACCUGAAAGGGUAUGGGAUGACAAAAGAUUGGAAACACGCAAACCUUUGGUGAGAAAGGCCAGGAAAAAAAAAGAAGCUUCCCCAGUGCCCGUGGUGAUGAAUCCUGAAUCCACAUGUAGUAGUAUCGAAGAUGAUCUAUAUAUGGAGUUAACCGAGGAUCAACUGGACAUAAUAGAUACUAUACAUCAGGGAUUGGAAAAUUCUCGUAAAGCACAUAAAGAGAUUUUAGUAAGUACAAAACAUA